UCUCGUAUAAGGUGGCAAAUCCAAUUAUUAUGCAUAAAAACUGGUCUAUUUUUUAACGCAUUUCAGUUACUCUUGCAUAAAAAAUGAUAAUAUCACAGCUUAGGUGCAACGUUGUCAAGAGUUAUGGAAGAUAUAUCCAUUUCACAAUUUGAAGAAAUGUUUACAUUUUUGCAAUUUCCGUACAUUUUCGCGAUCUCCGCUUUUCCUCGGCUUCUUUCGUGAAGUACGCAUAUAUUGAUGACGUAUGGCAAACAACACAAUUUCCUCGUAAACAAAGAAAGCCAACAUGAGUUCGACGUCAUCAUCAAGCUCAAACAGCAUUUUUGACAGUCCUGUGCGUCUAGGAAAAAGGAGAGCCUCCCAAAGAAGAGCAUCCCCAAGCACAAGUGCCACAGAGAGCCCAAUUCGACCAGCUCGUGGCAGAGGAAGGGGCAGAGGAAAGGGCAAAGGUCCGGCUUCCCGAAAAGGCAAAAAAUCUGUUCGGGAAGCUGAUCCAAAUAGGGAUGAAGUUGCCCUUUCUGUCAUUCAAACAAGGAAAGACAGAUUUCGAGAAGACAUGAAGACCAUGCCAAGAGAACAGCUUGAGGAAAUAAUAUUGGGGGUCCUAGAUGAGAACCCUGGUCUUAUAUUGGACUUUCAUAAGCCAGUAGCCAGGGGUGAAGGUGGAUACCAUCCACCUGAGGGUGCUGAGUCACCAGACUGGUGUGUGUGUGGAAAAUGCAGGGAAAUGCCAACCCAGGCAGAGCGAAUAUGCUGCGAAAGGGAGCCAAGACACUGCUUUUCUCUACUGCCUGACUUCACAGUUCUUGUGCUGGACCCUGCAGUACUGAGACUGGCGAGACUGCAGCGAAGGGACAUCCUUCUGCUGGAUGAUGCUGAUGAAGAGGACCCGCACAAGGCCAACAGACAUGCUGCCUACAGACAAUAUAUACUGUGGGCACAUGGAAGGCUUGGAGUAGGCAACAGAAGAGUUAUUCCAGCAUGCUGUGUUUGGGCGAUCAGAGACAAGUACCCUAACCCCUUCCAAAUUUAUGUGGGUUUUGUUCCUGCCCGUCUUGUUUGAAAAGGUGUGACAUUAACCCUACAGCUUUGAAAGGCAUCAGCUUGAAUUAUGGUCAUGCAGGGCUUGUUUUCCUUCUGCGUUUUACCCCAAAUAAUAUGCUUACUUUGGGAAAUGUGUUCCCCUUUUUCAUUUUUGUUGAAAAAAAUUUCCCCAAAAUUGAAGGCCAUGCCCUUUCCCAAAUAAAAAAAAAAAGCCCUGUCAUGUAUUGCAAAACAACAAAUCAUCAACUUUUUAUUUAUGAAACAUUAUCAUUUUGAAUAAAACAAUA